AUGAACCGGCUGGCGGCGGGCUGCGCGCCGGCAGGGGCGUUGCAAGAGCUGCUGGCAGCGCUGCUGGCGCUGCACCAUGCUGUGGGAGAUAACGGGGAGGAGGCUGAGGAAAGCGGGAGUGAGGGCACCGGGGACGAUGAUGUCGACGAAGAGCUUCCAGACCUGUGCCUGUCGGCUGUCGUGGUGGCUGCCUACGUCGGCGUCGCCUGGGCCAAGCACCACACGCAGCAGCUGCCAGUGCCGCCGCCGCUCCUCUGGAAGGAAGGGGGCGUGCUGCACUGCCUGAGCUUGGCCCUGGACAAGUGCGUCGAGUAUGAAUACUGUGCGGAGUUCAACACGCAGAUGCUGUCAGACUGCUUCCGAGCAGCCUCCGCGAUGCUGCCCAGCCUGAUCAGCUGCAGCCACAGGGAGAUGCGGGAGGCCUGCUGGCGCUGGGUGCUGCCUGCCAUGAUGGCGGCCUGCUGCUGGAUCGACAAGUGCGGGGUGAGAGAGCUCCCAGACGACGAGUCGUGUGUUUUGUGUGCUGGCCUGGUGGAAGGGCUGGAGCCCCUGCUGUUCCUUCUGGUCCGGGAAGACGAUCAGCGGAGCCGGCAGGAGCAGGCGCAGCUGGCCGAGCAGCUGCCUUGCCUGGACCGCUUCAGCGCCAUCCACGGCCUCACUCGGGCGUUUGCGACAUUGGUGGACGCCACCUGCACGUCGCCGCAGGAGGGCCUCACGCCCUCUCAAGUGCUGGAUGGGUUGGAGGGGGAUGCUGGCUGGUGGAUCAAGCUAAACAGGUCUCUCACAUCCCUGCUCCGCCUGCUGCACUGGCUGGUGUGCAAGCACAACAUCCAGCCGGCAGUUUUCCUGGAGCAAGGGGGCAUGCAGGCGCUGCUGACCUUCCUGCAGGUCUGCGCCCCGCGGCCUCAUGAUGAGAGCCAGCUGCCCACACACGUGCUGAGCUACCACUGGCUGGGUGUCAAGUUGCUGCACCUGGCAGCAACCCUUAUGGCUCACCCGCAGGGAGCGGCCGCGCAGGCGGCGUUUGGCGCCAAGGGGGUGAAGCUCUGCCUCGACUCCCUGCGCACCUUGCCUCCAGUCGCGGUGCUAGUCACUGACAAAGAUCCGGAGAGGUGGACGACAUGCAAGUACUUUCUGUGCACCCUGGAGGCCGCCUGCUGCUCGACGUCGAGCGCAAAUGAGGCCACGCUCCGGGGCAGCAGUGGCAGCAGCUUUCAUACCAGGACUGCAGCGCUGGCUCAAAACGGCUUCAGCCUGCUGUCUUCCGUGAUGCAGGCACACACCAUUGGCGGCGCAGCGUUUUUGUCCGGUGGGCUGGAUGCCGACUUUGAGUGGACCAUGGCGCAUCUCAUGCUGGUCGUGAUGCCCAUCAGCGUGUUGAUGCGCGUGGUGCAGUGGGGAGGCGUGGUCAAGCCCGCGGCCCUGCUCGCCAGACACUCUCUGUUUGCCACGGCUCCUUCAAACCAAACGUUCCUCAGCAGUGCACUGUCGCUGGUCCGCGCCGCAGUCGAUAACAGAUCGAGCCACUCGGCGGCUCUGGCCAGCAGCGCUCUGGCCGGCAGCGCAGCACACCUGGGCCUGCUGCACCGCGCGGGGCUGCAGAGCCUGGACGAGGCUCGCGCGAUCCGGCACAGCACCAGCCUGCUCAACUGGCUGCAGGCAGUGCGGGCGCUGGCAGAGCAUGAGCCUCAUUGCCACCACCUGCUGCUGGACAACAGCAUUUGCAAGCUGGCUGGGGCAUGCGCAUUGGACGCGUACCAAGCCUUCUCAACAGCGCAGGCUGUGCAGUCAAGUGAGGGAGCAGAUGCGGGCAGCCAGGCCCAACCGACUGUAGUGAUGGCUGCAGUGCGCCCCAGCGUUCCCGUGUUGGGCACCGUGCCGCUGCGCCCACAGUGCAUCAUCUAA